UCUUCUAGUGAGGAGAUGCAAAAGACACCAGGAGGGAGCUCAGCCAGGACAGUUGACCUGUCUGAAUUGGCCAAAGGGAUAUUCCGUAGCAUAGAACAUCAUGCUCUGUUUAUAAACUGAUGAGCUGGAGGAAGAUGAGGAAGAAUCUGACAUGGAGCUAGAGCGACAAAAUAUUGAAGAGCUUUAUGACUUUGUAAGACACACCCAUCAGCAGGAUAUCCAGUUACUUAGAAAGGAUGUGCAGCAUCCUGCAUUAAUUCCCAUUCUGAGGCCGUACCAAAGUGAGGCUGUGAAUUGGAUGCUUCACCGAGAGAACUACACAAACACCCCAAGCAGUGAAAAUGCACUGCACUUCUUAUGGCGGGAGGUGAUUACUCUGGAUGGAGUAAAAAUCUACUAUAAUCCAUUUACUGGCUGUAUUAUCCGUGAAUACCCAACUGCUGGACCCCAGUGGCCUGGAGGUAUUUUGGCAGAUGAGAUGGGCCUUGGAAAAACAGUAGAAGUGUUGGCUCUUAUUCUGAAUCAUACUGGACCAGACAUUAAACAAGAUGAUCUGACAUUACCUGAGGGUAAGCUUGUGAACUUCUUUGUUCCUCCUCAACCUUUAGAAGGAAAUAAAAAGAAAAAACCAAAGGAAAUGGAGCCUAAAUUGAAGGAAAAAAUACAAUAUCCCAGUAAGUAUUUCUGA